AUGGGGAAAUCUUCACGUGACAAACGCGACAUAUUUUAUCGACUGGCAAAAGAAGAGGGUUGGAGGGCUAGAAGUGCUUAUAAGCUUCUGCAAAUUGACGAUGAGUUCAAAAUUCUUUCUAAAGACCACAAUGGAAACCCUCUCACUCGUGUCGUGGAUCUCUGUGCGGCGCCUGGUAGUUGGUCGCAAGUUCUAUCCAAGAAGUUGUGGGAGCCUUGCGCAGAGGCAGAUCGUCAGAAAGUAAAAAUAGUUGCCGUCGACUUACAAGCUAUGGCUCCCAUUCCUGGAGUCAUUCAGCUCCAAGGUGAUAUCACUAGUCGCCAGACUGCUGACCAAGUCAUUCAACAAUUUGAGGGGGAGAAGGCACAACUCGUAGUUUGUGACGGUGCACCCGAUGGCACACAACCGUUGCUUACUGGACUUCAUGACCUCGACGAGUAUGUUCAGUCGCAUCUGGUGCUUGCUGCCUUGACUAUCUGCGCACGCAUCCUCGAAAACGGGGGAACUUUCGUGGCCAAAGUCUUCCGUGGUCGUGAAGCCGGUCUUCUCGGAGCCCAAUUGCGUUGUCUCUUUGCUGGUGAUGUGGUAUUUGCCAAGCCCAGUUCCAGUCGAAACUCCAGCCUUGAGUCUUUCGUUGUCUGUCGUGAAUUUCGCGGUGACACAGUUCUUCCUUCCUCCUUGACCAGUACUAGUUUAAUGGAUCACAAAUCUGGUGAUGACUCAGGCGAUUCCCUUAUGGGCUGGCUAAGUGGAUUGGACCAGCUCACUCCUGAACAACGCAUCCUUCUACCCUUUGUGGCUUGUGGUGAUCUCUCCGGCUAUGAUGCAGACUCUUGCUACGAACUAGGUGACAACUACACUUUACUUGAGCCUGUCCAGCCUCCCCUUUCGGCCGCCUAUCAAGACAACUGUCGACAGGCCCGCAUUGUUACUCCUGGCAAUAUGAAGCAGAGGGACAACAGGAAGGUGGAUGAGAUUCUCUCCCAACAAAUGAAGGAGAUGCAGUUCAGCUGA